UCCAUCAAUCAAUUUACAAGAAAUAACAAAAACAAUGCUCUUCUACUCGUUCUUCAAAUCUCUGGUGGGCAAGGAAGUCGUCGUCGAGCUGAAAAAUGACCUCAGUAUAUGCGGCACUCUGCACUCCGUGGACCAGUAUCUGAAUAUAAAGCUAACGGACAUCAGUGUGACGGAUCCAGACAAAUAUCCGCACAUGCUCAGCGUAAAGAACUGCUUCAUCCGCGGCUCUGUCGUCCGCUACGUCCAGCUGCCCGGCGAGGAGGUAGACACCCAGCUGCUGCAAGACGCCGCGCGCAAAGAGGCCGUGGUGAGCACGCGGUAGAAACACCCCUUUGCGGCACGCUCACCUCAGUCCAGCUCCUCUGGGCGUUUUUUUUUUUUUUUGUUUGUGUACUUCAAGGUUUUUAUUACAUAUAUUCUUGUGCUCCCGCCCUAUACCUAAGUGAAACAUUUGUCAUAGCAAAUGAAGAAAUUUAAUACAAAAUAAUAGAACCACUCAACACGUAA